AUUACCCGGAUGUAGUUUAACGUCAAACGUGCCUACUGUGACGUUACAUCCGCAGUAUGCGCAGCAACCGAUAUCGCGCACAAACACAAGUGUCGAUUCAAAGAGUUUCACUGAGCAGGCAACCAUGGCCAACCAAUCAGUUGACAUCAUAACAAAGGUCUUGGAGCAUUCAGCCAAGCUGGUUGAGGAGAAGGUGGAUGCACAGUUGAGCAAACUGAAUGAAAUGGAUGAAGAUGAUUUGGAAAGACUGAAGGAGAAGCGAUUAGAGGCACUUAAAAAAGCCCAGAAACAGAAGCAGGAGUGGUUGUCUAAAGGCCAUGGAGAGUACAGAGAAAUCUCAAGUGAGAAAGACUUUUUCAGCGAGGUCAAAGAUAGCAAGAACGUUGUCUGCCACUUCUACAAAAAUUCUACCUUCAGAUGUAAGAUCCUUGACAAACACUUGGCCAUCUUGGCAAAGAAGCAUGUUGAGACCAAAUUCAUCAAACUGAAUGUGGAAAAGGCCCCGUUUCUGACAGAGAGGCUGCGGAUCAAGGUUAUUCCUACAAUGGCCUUGCUAUUAGACGGGAAAACAAAGGACUAUGUGGUUGGAUUCUCUGACCUGGGAAACACAGACGAGUUUUCCACAGAGAUGCUUGAAUGGAGACUGGGCUGUGCAGAUGUUAUUAACUACAGCGGUAACCUGAUGGAGCCUCCUACAAUGACAAAGAGGUCGGGGACAAAGUUCACAAAGGUGGAGAAGAAAACCAUCAGAGGGGGGGGUUACGACUCUGAUUCUGAUUCUGAAGAUGACUGAAAAGCACCGACAGUCAUCUGGUUGUUUCUCUCAGGGCUACCUCCUUUAAGGAAAAUAAAGUUUAGCAGACAGCCCGCUCUCAUUUUUCUUCUCCCCUUCUCUCUGUGACUUUCCCAUUCAUAACAGAUUUUAUUUUAAUAUACCAUAUCUCAAAUCAAUUGUUUUUAUAAAAGCGCUUUUUGUUUUACCCUUAUUUAAUGAAUUACAUUUCAACAACAACAAAAAAUUACAUGCGUGCACUAAAGGCUGUGCUCAUUUGCGUAGUUCUGUUUAUUUCGUGUGUUUCCUAACCUGCGAGUCUGAUGUUUGAACAGAAACCAUGAUGCAUGAUUGCCAAGAUCAUCUUUUAGCAUCAGAAUUCAUUUUUACAUCCGAUUUCCUUGUAGCAAGAGUUUGACUUGAUUAUUGCAGACUUAAUAAAAAAUGUGAAUAAAAAAGG